AGCAUAGCUAUAUUUCAAUUAAAAUUUAUUUACAAAAGUAGAUCGCAGGGUAGCAGUUGGCCCAUAGGCUGUAGUUGCCUACUUCUGGCUUGAAAUAAAGGAGAUACUGAUUGGGGAUGGAAAUUUAUUUUCAGUAGUCUGUAAGCCACUUUUAUAGUGUCUUGGAAAUGUGUUCCUAUGUCAGGGCAGUGUAAUGGGCUGAUUACUUUCUUUCCAGGUAUGUGGCAAUCAAUACAUGUUUUAAAGAGCUUAUAACAGGAGCUUUUCAUACUUGCUUCUACUUCAAAGUCUAGUAAAUUUUAAAUUAAGAGGCUAAGUAUGCCAGUAUUUAUUUUCUCGUUCUGUACUUCAGAUUUCAGCAUAUGUUGACAACUUGUGAGGCAGAGAGAAAUCUCGUACACCUCUAUUGUAGAGAAAGUGUUGCACGUUUUCUCAUCUCUGGAAGAUUGCUUUGAUGGCGUCAGGUUUUAGAGGUAUCCUGAAGUAAGCUGGAAGGAAAGUCCAGCAAGAGAAGUAUCAUUUCCAUAGAAACACACCACAAACCAACAAGGUGAUGUUGAAGGAGUUACUGAACCUUUACAGGUUAAAUUAUACUCAGAAGAAUGUUCUGUGCAUAAAUAGUAACCUCCAUGCAUCUUGAAUUUCUAUAAAAUAGAAAUUAUUGGCCCUUACCUGCCUUAAGGGUGUUUGUUGAGGAUCUGAUGGAAUAAAGGCACAGUUAAAAUCACUAUAUUUGUAGCAUUGGCUUACUGGUGCCACUAUGAAUUUUAAGAGAUUUAUUUAUUAUUUAUUUUGCAUGUAUUUGUUGGCUAUCUGCUGUGUGUGUAAAGCAGGGUAGUAGGGAUUACGGGGGAAUACAAAGAGACAUAAGCUCCUUAAGGAAAGAAAAACAUGUAUUUACAGCCUAAAGUUGUAUAGUGGGGAGAUCCCUAAGGAUGGUAGAACACUGGGGAGGAGACCUCUGCUGCCUCGGGGUAUCAGAAAACUUUGUAGAAGUGGCAUUGGGAAAAACAAAGAUUUUCAAAAGUAUAAUGCAGGAGAAGGUAUUCUAUUAAGAGCAGCAUGUAAACUGUGUCAAAUUAGGAAAGUCCAAAUCAGUAUGCAAGAGACAUCCAAUAGUCUAAUGAGACUGUCUUGUAUUUGUCAUGAAGAAGGAGGAAAAAAUAAAGCUGGAAAGGCAAGGUAGAGUAGUUCUCUACUGGAAGGAAGGGUCUCUACUGGGUCUGGAAGGAACUUUUAAUUGGUAAUUUGUGGGGAGCUCUAAACAUCAUCUAGGAGAAUGUUUGACAAUUGGAGUGGUGAUAUAUGGCACUGGUUGGUGAGUAUGAAAUGAUAAAGGUGGUAUUAUCACUUAAGGGUUAUGGCAAAGGUCUGAGCAUGUACUUCUUAGAUAUGAUCUGGAAGGAGGGAAAUCUGUGUGUGUGAGGAGGCAGUUGAAGAACUUGGAAGGGAAGAAUGGAUAGGCUUUCAGUAAACCCAUUUAUUGGGUUUGGGAAAUAAGGAGAAGGCUUUUAAUCAUGAUCUGUGGUUCUGAGUCUUUGUUAAUGGGAUUAAGGUGGUAACAUUGCAAAAGAUAGCAAAGUCCAGGGAGAGCUGUAGUAAAGGUAAGAUUUCAGUGAACCUGUUUGCUUUGCUUUUUUGCUCUAGUGGGAACUCGAAAGUACAGUACUAAAAUUCACAGGAGAGGUAAGGAAUAGGGAGGGAUUUGGGAGCACUGUUUUCAUAUGGGUGGCCUGUGAAAUAUGGGAAGACCUUCACAUCACCAGAAGAAAAGCCUAUAGAGAGCAAAUGAUGUUUUACAGCAUUGCUUACCAUUAGGUUCCAGUGGCAUGUGCUGGCAGAGUGCUGGGUGCAGACUUUUGCCCAAACCUGGAGGAACCAGACCAGAGGCUGGAAGUCCAGAUCCUCAAGAUAGCCAUAAAACACCUGGACAAAAUCAGCAGGUGAUGGCAAGGGAAAGAGAAUGAUCAGUCACAGGCGUUGUUGAAUCCUUUGAACAUUACUUAUGGCCUGGACACUGCUGUCACCAGGCACAGUUUGAUCUUGGGCCAUCCGUUGCACACUGGUAAACUGCACGUGUGAAUGUUUUCAGCCGGGGAAGAUUAACCUGAGGACUUGUGAUCAGUGUAAACAUGGCUGGGUGGCACAUGCCUUGGAUAAACUCAGCACCCAGCACCUAUACCACCCCACCCAGGUGGAGAUCGUGCAGUCCAAUGUGGUGUUCGACAUCAGCAGCCUGAUGCUCUAUGGGACACAAGCGGUGCCUGUGCGGCUAAAGAUCCUGCUAGACCGUCUCUUCAGUGUCCUGAAGCAAGAGGAGGUGCUACACAUCCUGCAUGGUCUGGGCUGGACUCUGCGGGACUACGUCCGGGGGUACAUCCUUCAGGAUGCUGCCGGCAAGGUACUGGACCGCUGGGCCAUCAUGUCUCGAGAAGAGGAAAUCAUCACCCUUCAGCAGUUUCUGCGGUUUGGAGAAACCAAGUCCAUUGUGGAGCUGAUGGCAAUUCAGGAGAAGGAAGGGCAGGCCGUAGCUGUACCGUCUUCAAAAACAGACUCAGACAUAAGGACUUUCAUUGAGAGCAAUAAUCGCACCCGGAGUCCCAGCCUUCUUGCUCACCUAGAGAACAGCAACCCUUCCAGCAUUCAUCACUUCGAAAACAUCCCCAACAGCCUUGCAUUUCUGCUUCCAUUCCAAUACAUAAACCCAGUCUCAGCCCCACUGCUAGGAUUGCCUCCAAAUGGGUUACUGUUGGAGCAGCCAGGACUGAGGCUGCGGGAACCCAGCCUUUCAACCCAGAAUGAAUACAAUGAGAGCAGUGAAUCUGAAGUAUCUCCCACACCUUAUAAGAAUGAUCAGACUCCCAAUAGAAAUGCCCUGACCAGCAUUACUAAUGUGGAGCCCAAAACCGAGCCAGCCUGUGUAUCCCCCAUUCAGAAUUCUGCCCCAGUCAGUGAUCUGACCAAAACUGAACACCCAAAAAGCUCAUUCCGGAUUCACCGGAUGAGAAGGAUGGGGUCAGCCUCCAGGAAAGGAAGAGUGUUCUGUAAUGCAUGUGGGAAGACGUUCUAUGACAAAGGUACUCUCAAAAUUCAUUAUAAUGCUGUUCACCUGAAGAUCAAACACCGAUGCACCAUUGAAGGUUGCAACAUGGUCUUUAGCUCUCUCCGAAGCCGAAAUCGCCACAGUGCAAACCCUAAUCCUCGCCUUCACAUGCCCAUGCUACGAAAUAACCGAGACAAAGAUUUAAUUCGGGCCACAUCAGGAGCUGCCACCCCUGUCAUAGCAAGUACAAAAUCAAAUCUCACACUCACAAGCCCUGGCCGGCCCCCAAUGGGUUUUACCACUCCCCCACUAGACCCUGUCUUACAGAAUCCUCUGCCUAGCCAGCUGGUGUUUUCUGGGCUAAAGACUGUACAACCAGUUCCUCCAUUUUAUAGAAGUUUACUCACUCCGGGGGAAAUGGUGAGCCCUCCAACCUCCCUCCCAACCAGUCCCAUCAUUCCAGCCAGUGGUACCAUAGAGCAGCACCCCCCACCACCCUCUGAGCCCACAGCACCCAUAGUGAUGAUGGCCACUCAUGAGCCCAGUGCGGACCUGGCACCCAAGAAGAAGCCCAGGAAGUCCAGCAUGCCUGUGAAGAUUGAGAAGGAAAUCAUUGAUACCGCUGAUGAGUUUGAUGAUGAAGAUGAUGACCCUAACGAUGGUGGGGCUGUGGUCAACAAUGUGAGCCAUGACAAUCAUUGCCACUCCCAAGAAGAGAUGAGUCCAGGCAUGUCUGUGAAGGACUUUUCUAAACAUAGCAGGACCCGGUGCAUUUCAAGGACGGAAAUAAGAAGGGCUGACAGCAUGACUUCUGAGGACCAAGAACCUGAGCGGGACUAUGAGAAUGAGUCAGAGUCUUCAGAGCCCAAACUAGGUGAGGAGUCAAUGGAAGGGGAUGAGCACAUUCACAGUGAAGUGAGCGAGAAAGUCCUAAUGAGCAGUGAGAGGCCCGAUGAGAACCACAGUGAGCCUUCUCACCAAGAUGUCAUCAAGGUAAAGGAAGAAUUUACAGAUCCCACUUAUGACAUGUUUUACAUGAGCCAGUAUGGACUGUACAAUGGUGGGGGUGCCAGCAUGGCAGCCCUGCAUGAAAGUUUUACAUCGUCUCUGAAUUAUGGCAGCCCUCAAAAGUUCUCCCCAGAAGGUGACCUGUGUUCUAGUCCAGAUCCCAAAAUCUGUUACGUGUGCAAGAAGAGUUUCAAAAGCUCCUACAGUGUGAAGCUUCACUACAGGAAUGUUCACUUAAAAGAGAUGCAUGUCUGCACGGUGGCUGGCUGCAAUGCUGCCUUCCCCUCUCGCCGAAGCAGAGACAGAAACAGAAAUUUACGGAUGGAAAGAACCAUAGGUCCAGGACAUCGAGACAGCCUGCAUCUCCGUAGACACAGUGCCAACAUAAACCUGCAUCGCAAACUGUUGACCAAAGAACUCGAUGACAUGGGCCUGGACUCAGCGCAGCCCUCCCUUAGCAAGGACCUUCGGGAUGAAUUUUUGAUGAAGAUCUAUGGUGCCCAGCACCCCUUGGGGCUCGAUGUCAGGGAAGAUGCCUCCUCUCCCGCAGGGACUGAAGACUCCCACCUGAAUGGGUACGGGAGAGGCAUGGCAGAGGACUACAUGGUCCUUGACCUGAGCACCACCUCCAGCCUCCAGUCCAGCAGUAGCAUCCAUUCCUCCCGAGAAUCCGACGCAGGCAGUGAUGAGGGGAUUCUUCUCGAUGACAUUGACGGGGCGAGUGACAGUGGGGAGUCCGCACACAAGGCCGAGGCCCCUGCCCUCCCUGGCAGUCUCGGGGCUGAAGUCUCAGGAUCUCUGAUGUUCAACAGCUUGUCCGGGAGCAAUGGUGGGAUCAUGUGCAACAUUUGCCACAAAAUGUACAGCAACAAGGGGACUCUGAGAGUGCACUACAAAACUGUGCAUUUGCGAGAAAUGCACAAGUGCAAAGUCCCUGGUUGCAAUAUGAUGUUUUCCUCUGUGCGAAGCCGAAAUCGGCACAGUCAGAACCCUAACCUCCACAAAAACAUUCCCUUCACUUCAGUAGAUUAGUCUCAGAACGGACACUACAGAUGCCAGCUCUCACCAGAUGGCCUACAUAUUUGAACUGCCAUAGUCAGUGUGUGCUUGUGUACCUGGGUGGGUGUGGGUGUGGGUGUGUACAUAUGUAGACCUCUGAGUCUACAUAUACACACACACACACACACAUAUUUUCUUUUAUUUAGAUAUAAAAAGAUAAACACUAGGUGCUUUUGAAAUUGUUUUAUUUUUCCUUUAUAGUUUUGGGAAAGGGGUGGAAUCUUUAAUUUAGGGUAAAAACAAAGUACCCUUAAAACACACACACACACACAAACAUAAAGUGUGCAACUAGCCCAAAUUCUGACAGAAUAAGAAUUCUUGGUCCUGUCCAGAGGGACAAUUUGUUGUACCCACGACUGUUGCCUGCAAAAAAAUAAAAGGGAAAAAAAGAAAAAAGAAACAAAAAAGGAACUUCUUAUAGUUGUCUUUUGUGAACUUUAAGGUUUUGAGAGAAUCUUCAAUUAAAGCAUGGCAGAUUCACCUGUAAAUAUUUAGCCUUGAGAGGCCAAUGAUGUAAAGCAAUUGUAUUGAUGGUUGUUUAACUCUUUUGUUUAAUUUUUACAGUUACAUCCAGCUGUUAGAUAUGCAGGAAAAAAAUAGUUUGCUGGCUAGCUCUAUUCAUUUAUGUUAGCAUUAAUGCACAUUUAAAAAAAAAAAAAAAAACAUGGUCUUGUUUUUACUACCUGCUAGAUAUAGUGAUAAAGAGGUGCUGGCAUGCUUCACAGCACAGAUCUGAUUUUUUAAAAUGUCCUGUACUAGUACAUAAAUCCAGUCAUGCACUUUUUUUCAUACACUACAAGGGGAUGUGUAAUAUCCAUGCUUCUUUCUUAUCCUUAAACUAUUGCCAUACUUCAAGUAAGUGUCUUUUUUAAAAAAAAUUCACGUGUAUAAAAAUGGUCUGGUCAGUAUAGGGCACAAAUGCCAAACAAAAGUAUUAGUGUUAACACAAAACUGCCAACUUUGCACAAGUUUCCAGAAAAGAAAAUACAAUUAGUCACUCAACAUAACCACAGGCCAAUUUGUCGGCCACCAGAAAACCGCUUUUAAAAAAAAAAACACUUGGUGAUUCUUUCAAGUGCCGAAUGUUAUUAGAAUCAACAUUGCAUCCUUCUUGCUUAUAUGUUAAGUUACAUAAAAGGAAAACAAAAUUAUGUGGUGUGAAACAGCCAAGGCAUUUAGUCUUCAGAGGCAGGAUAAUAUUUCAGGAUACAAAAGCCCAAAUUACUCACUAUGGAACAAAGCUGAAUACAGUAAAAGUGUUGAACACUCAUUUCUAAGGACCUAACCCUUCUCCUUUAAAAAGAAAGAAGUCUGAACUGGGUUGGUCUGUUGUAUGGCUGUCUAAUUUGUUACAAGUUCUGCAGUAGUCCUAUGAUUCAGGCCUGUUUGAUAGACAAAAUCAAAAGACAUUUCACAGCAGCAGUACUUGGAAGCUUUGAAAACAUGUGCUGAACUUGAAUUGAGCAACACUCCUUUCUGAAAAGCCAGACGAAGGGGGGUUUAAAAUAGGAUCUCUCACUGUUGAGUGUUUUGUGUUUCCCCACAUGAUUUGUCAGAGAGAAAUGAAAGCAAGCCUGAAACCAAGCAAUUGAGAGUGAGAAAGAGGGGGAGACGAUUCUCCAAACCUUUUUUGUUUUGUUUUGUUUUGUUUCCGAUGUUUACACAUGUUGCCUGAGCUGGUUAACCACAUGGGCAGCCCUCAGCUACCACAACAUACUGACUAAAUGAUGAUAUUUACUCAAGUUCGGUCUGUAGCCAAAACCAUUAGGAUGUGCAUUGCAGACUGUGUUUUGUUGUCUUUUUUUUUCUUUUUUCUUUUUUUUUAAAUGGGGGGGACAGAUAAACAAGGAAUAUUUUGUCUAACAGUACACAGUAACUUAAAGAGAAUGUAUUUCUUUUCUGCAUUUAAUGGCCUCAAACAUUUCUCUCAUCGGUCUCAAAGUUAGAAAUACCCCCUUGUUUGAACUUUGCAUGUUUCCAUUUUUCAUAUGUUUUGUUAUUAUUUUUUCUGUGUUCACAUCAGCAUUCACUUCCGUUAAAUUUGCCAAAGGAAACUGUUAAUAUGUUUCUGUUGUUGUUAUUAUUCCUGUAGGAUUUAUUGUACCUCACAGUAUUUAUUGUUUCCAAAAAUAAGCAUCAUUAGUUGAGGAUUCAGUAUUUUUAUUUGUAAAAAUUUCAGAAACAAUAGAUUUUUAAAGAUAAGCUAGACUUGUCUAGAAGCUUCAUCUUUUCAUCUCCUUCAGAGGAAGCUAUGGGGUUCGUUUAAUUCAUUUGUUCUCCAGUGAGGAAAGACCAAAAGUAUUCACAGUACAAAAGAAACCAUAUCAAACACUAUGUCUGUUAAAUGACAAAUGUUUACGGUAAAAAGCUGAGGAAUUAGUAAUAACCAUUUUUGUUUUCUUGUACCUUUGAAUUCCCCAAAGUCUUAAUUGCUUUAUUUUGGUGUUGUGUUAAAUUGAAUAGACAGAGAUGUUUUCCUUUGUUUUAUACCAUAUAAGACUAUGUACAGUAUGUUUGUGAAAAAUUGAACUAGAAUAAUGAAAGUUUGUUUGCAAACAUUUUGGUCCUCUUAGCGUUCUCUGUGUUGCGCUGUUGCCCCAUUACCAAAUGAUUCAAUUCAAAAAGGGUGGAAAAAAUAUUUUUAGUAUCCCAACAAAAGAUUAGGGAAACACUAGCUUUUCAAUUGUGAUAGACUGAAUUACACCUCGUUUUACAAAAAUAACACAUUUUUAUUUCAGUGAUAUUUAAAAAUUACACUCUUGGUUGAGAUAUUAGAACUCAUCUUGUACAGAAUCAAUGUUUAGUCUGUUUAAUUUAAUGUCAACUAAAAGGUCAAAUAGCCCUAGUGGGUGAAUUACAUAGCUGUCAGCAGGUCACAUCAGCAAAUGAACCCGGCUUAGAACAAAUGUUUGUUACUUGCCACAAACUGGGCUAAUGUGAAGAGCCAGUUAGAAUAGUCCAGAAGUAAUGAGAUUCUCAAAGUAGAAUUUCCCUUGCUCGGAAACAGGAACGUGUUCAUCCUGAGAUUUGCCAGAGAAAUGGCAAGGAGUCCUGGACAACUGGCUCUUUUUAAGCAUCUCGCCUAUUUGCUACUUACUACUUUUGUGCCUCAAGUGCCCAAAUGUUAUGGUGGCCUUCUAAAUGGAUGAAUAACACUUUCCAGUAUAAAGCCUAUUUGCUUUAAAAGGGACAGGGGGAGUGGAUGGAAGCAGUACAUAAAAUGUAAAAUUCUGAAAUGCACAAUGCUUCCUGUCCCAAAGUGUUGCUUGUUCUUGGGAUGUGUGCCUGAGUGCAGUGUUUUGACUUAACUGUAAAUCUAGUUAGGAUGGUGAUCCCAAGACUUAUUUGCAAAUGGGAAGGAAAAAAAGAUCAGCAUUUUAAUCAAUGGGCCCUUCGACUUUGUCCGUUCCGACUCGUUUGUUUCUUCAUAGGAGUUUUCUACUGUGGAACAGUUUGUCUCUAGCUGCAUCCAUUCUGUGCUGGCUGAAAAUUAAUAGUGAUGCAGAUUUUCAUCCAAGUAGCUUUUACCCAUUUGAUUGAUUAUAAGCACAGUUUUGUUACAGAAAAUGAGUCAGUAUUAUUAAUGUACAUGUUCACUAGCUGGUGUUGAAACUUACUGUUUUGAUCAUUUUAAACUAUGUUUUUGUACAAAUCAGAAAGGCUUAGUCUGCUUUAGGGAAUAUCUGCAUGCUGCAGAGAGGGACGACAAAGAGCAAGAGAAAGAUGAUAAGUAAUUUGGUUUUAAAAAUGUGAUUUAAAAGCUUGACAUUCUUUGUUCUAUUAAUUGUAUUAAGAUAAGUCAACGCAGUGUAAUGCAUCUCAGAUCUUAGUCUAGCUGUCCAAUUCAGCCUGAUGCCUUUUAAAGGUUUGAAGGUAUUAAUGUUUUCCUUCUCCAUGUGACAAACAUUUUUUUUAAAACGUUUUUAGCACACUAGUGCCACAGCUCUUGUAGUAUGAUUUCUUUGGUCAUGAAUUUCCAGGCCCUUUUCCAGUAAGAGGAGAAAGACACUUAACUGGUUAAUAGCCCUCUUAGUAUAUACAUUGCUCUUAAAAAAAAAAAAAAAAUCUUUGAAUAUACUAAGAACAGGCUGUUGAGAGGCAUUCUCCCCAUUUUACUCAGGAGAAACCAAGCACUAGAUUCCCACCAAAUAAAAAAGUGACCUUUUGUUCCCCUUCCUAUGUACACACCCCGGAUAUGUACCAAGCAAAUGAGAGUGGGGGCCACUGGCAAUUAAAAGACAAAAGCCCGUAACCAGAUUGAGGUGGACAUGCUGCUAACUGCUAACAGUUGACCUGAGCAGUCCUAACUUGUAGUUGGUCUGUUAGUGUUGGAUUAGAUUGACUAACAGUAAAUAAAACUCAGCUGUCAUAAGACACACUACAUCUGCUAUCAUAAAGAAACAAGUCAUUCAGAAGAAACUUUCUUUAAUCCUCUGGAGACACUCCUUUUCUUAACUUUUAAACAAUUAUAACAAAUUACAUUUUUUAGAAACUUGGAAUAUUUAAAUUAGAGGAUUUUGCUUCUCCCUCCCAUUCUUUGUUUUCUAAUGGGAAGCGUCUUAAGUGUGUAAGGAGGGCAAUAAAAGGCAGGUGCUAAAAGACAUUGGAAGGAAUGAGUUUUUCCAAAAAGCAGAGUAAGGGAUACUAAGUAAGGGAUUGGUACCUGCCCUGGUUUGGGGUAGCUAGAAAAGAAAAUAGAGAAUGAACCGUGAGUGUUGGUGCAGAAGAAAGGUCUGGUACAACUGUGCCUAGCAGCGGGUGAAAGCAUACCGGUGCACUGCCCCGCAGAGCCCCGUGACCAGGUGCUCCACAGCACCCCAGUCUGAACAACGGGGAAGGCAAAGAAAUUGCAUGGAAUAACAGGUUCCUAUGGGUCAGAAGAGCAAACAAGGGCGGUUGUGGGAUUUUUUUUUCUUUGUUUUUGGUUUUGUUUUGCAGGUGGGAAGUGAUGCCAGGGUCCCUUAGGGGCGUAAUUAGAUAUGAUGGGUCACCAGGCAAGGCUGGUGGUCAAACUGUGCUCUUAAGUGUAUUUUCUCCCUUAUUACUUUUGCUUGCUCCUGUAGCCAUGAUGCCACUUGGCUAGACUUCUUGAUCAUUUACCUUCCUAAGAAGCAUAAAACUUUUCUGUGUUCAAGUUUUCCCUCAAAGCUAAACCAUGUGGUAGUCUUCCUCAUGUGAGUAUUAAGACCAUAUCUGACCCAUCUCAGACUCAUUUCCGCAUUCCCUAUAGUUGGAAAGUUGCUCCCCAUAAAGGGUAACUUGAAAUUAGUUUGUAAAUCAACCAUAAAACUGACAGGUGAAUUAGUCUGCAUUGGUCUGGCCCAAAUGUGCAUCCUUCCCUGUGUCCUUUCGUCAUCCCCAUUCUUUCCAUAUCUUGCCCAAGAUGAAGCUUGUGGUCACACGGCAAUAACUGGACAUCAAAUAUUGUCUUUUGGCAUUUGUCGAAAACUCCAAAUGCCUAAUAACGGAUUUUUUUUUUAGAAGAGCAUUUUUACAAGUACACCAAAUUGGAUCGGCAUUAUUGGUCAUUAUAAUGCUAUAUAUAUUUUUGAAGCAACAUACUAGACUUGUUAUAAGACUAUCUUUAUUUUUUUCCAAAGUGUUAUUGUAAAUUCAUUUGACCUUUACUGCAAAAAAAAAAAAAAAUCCUUUUUUUAUAGAGUAUCCAGACAAGGCUCAGUUUGUAACAAAUAGUGGACCAUUAGGAAAGAGGAGAGGAAAAAGCUGGGCUGAGUAGUGAGAAGCUUCAGUUCAAUUUCACCUCAUAUCUUUCUAAUAACUUACUUGUCACUUUAUUACCUUCCAGUAAUGUGAAUGCUGCUGACAAGACUGUCACACUAACAGCAGACAACACCCUCUCUGCUGCAGUCCCAGCUCUCCUGGCUACUUAUUGCCCUGGCCCUGAAGGGACACAAACUAAUAGUGUGCUUUCCAGUUCAGCACUUGGCCAUCAAAUAUAAAAGGAUGCGUAAUUGCCUGUUUAUCCCUUGUGAAGGGGAAAUUGAGUACAAGGGCUCGGCUUUCCCAGAGUUCCCUGAUGUACACACACAUUCUCUCUCUCUCUCUCUCUCUCUCUCUCUCUCUCUCUUUCCCGCUCCUGCUCUCCCUCCCCUCCUCUUUCUCUUUCUUCUUGCCUUUCUCCCUCCCCUCCCAACAUACAAGCACAUGCACACACACACACACACACCCCUACUAACCUGCAUCUUUGGUAAGCCCGAGGCUGCCUCUCAAUGCCCGCCCCAGCUAUUAAGUGGACAGUAACAAGAUGACUUCUUAAAUAAAGGGGCAGUCGAGAGACCCCGUGACAGCAUUCUCUGUGUCUUCAGAAACUUCAGUGUUGGAAUCCCAUGCCCACUCACUUGAGGAGUCCUGAGUGUGGCCCCCCGUGACUUGAGCAUAAUUUCCCACAAGUCAGUGGCGUAGCAGAAUUAGAUCACCCCAUGUUCUGGAAGGAAAGCAUUAAAAUAUUUUUCUUUCCCUUCAAAAACUACAUAUGUUGGAAACAGAUUGGUUGUGCAUGGUGGUCAAAAGUUGUCGUUGUUUUAGCUUUGGCAGCUCACCAUGGGUCUAAUGGACACACGUACCUUGAAAUGACAACCUCCCAAUCCAUAGUGUGACAUUGACCAAUCAACGCUCAUUUUGUUAAACUGGACUGACAAUCUAAAAAAAAAGUGGGGGUGGGGUGGCGGGGAGGAUGGGGCUUUUUACUUUAAUUACUAAAAUAGGGACUACCCUAUAUGUAAAAGGUAAGUUCUCCGCUUUGGGAGACUUUUGGUAACUAGAAGUACAGUGAGCUUUACAGACUGAAGGGACGAGAGGACGAAAGGUACAAAGGAGGAACGCACAAAAACGUUGUAUUCCAAAAUACCUUGAGCCCAAGGGGUAUGUAAGUAUCGGCUGCUAUUUAUGUAUCGUGAACUGUUCUGAACGGGGAGAUGAUGGCUGAAAAGUGGCUAGGUAGUGGCCAAGUGAAGUGCAAGAUGAAUCUGUGUGUCCUCCUUGAGGAACUGGGGGACCCCAUGACCCCUUCCAGUCUCCUAGAAGCCAGUCUGCCAGAAGCUGUUGAACCCUGCCGCCAAUAGUCACAUCACAAAUAUAUUUGUCAGCCGAAUGAGGUGUAUGCAGGCGUCCUCUCUGAUGUGAACUUUUGGAAAGACAAAAGCAGGAGACGUAGAGAUAGAAAGCCUAACUGGUCUUUGUCAACAAAUCUGUGCAAAAUAAUUUCAUGAGCCAGUCUGAGGACUGGGAAGAAAAGCACUUUGAACAGGAUUCUUGGGGUGAGAGAAUAAACAGUUGGCUUGAUGUUUUGUCAGUUCCCCCCGUCUUUGUAUAUUAUAAUCAUUUAUCAAACAUCUUCAUACCAUCUUAAAUGAAUUAAAAAUUCAGUUGCCAAAAUUGCACAGAAUCUGCUAACUAGUAUUAGCUUUUACCCUUGAAAUUAACAGGGAUGUUUGAGGACACUUCUAAUGUUUUCUUUUUAAUGCUUUAAAAAAAAAAAAAAAGUUUCAUUUAAAAAAAAAAAUCUUUGAAGGGAAGGAAGAGCAGAAAAAGGUAUUUUAACAAAAAUGGAGACAUAGAUAGUAUAAAAAUAUAUUUCUUGGAGAGAAAGAGAGUAUCUAAAUGCUAUACCGAGACUUUAUAAGGCUUCCUGUUGCCAAAUGUGAUGUUGAAAUAACGCACAAGGAAGAAGGUGAAUCAAUCCAUUAUUAACUGGCUCUGCCCACUUCUGUUGCGGAACACAAGGAUUGAGAGGUGACCCUGGGGAGCCCCUGGAUAUGUGAGAGCCCUGUCAGCUGGCCUUGUAAGUGUUUUCCAACAGAAGGGGAGACAGGCCAGCCCUCUGGGUGUCCCCCAGCGAGGGGAGCCGGCCUGGCUCAGGCACAGCUUCUGAGAGGCCCCGCUGCCUGCCUCUUCCCUGCUAGGACACAAAGCACCCCCCACCCCACCCCACCCCCGCCAGUGAAUCAGUGCUGCAGCCGCGAGGAGCAUUGAUUCACGGGGUCUGAGGCUCCCCAACUCCCAGACAAUGUGCUGAGUUAAUAGGUUCACUUGAGAUGUAUAACUAAGGUUGAUUGUUUAUUUUUCUUCAUCUAGUACUCAAUUUGGAGCAUUUUUGCAUGUAUCUGUACAGAGUAAUCCAUUCCUCUCAUUGCCUAUCUUAAUCUCCCCUGACUUUUCCAUUCUCUUUCCACUCCCGCCCUGUGCUCUCCUUCUGAUCUCACCUACACCCUUAAAAAAAAAAUCCUUGCUGAAGUGAGAAGAUAGAACACUGCCUCCUUCAUCCUGCGUUUGAUCACUUUGGAAAUGUGUGUGUUCCCUCCUGUCCAGGGUUUACAUAACAUGAAUCGAGUGAAUUAAAUGUUCUAGUAUUCUGUAUCAACCGGAUAGGACUAUCUAAGAUUUACAAUAGAUGGUGCACUUGCUUUCCUGUGCAAACUUUGGUUCAGCUGCCCUGCAGAGAAGUCUCACCAUUUUCCUACCAGUGCCAGUAAAAAUAAAAUAAAAUAAAAUAAAAUAAUAAAAUAAAAUAAAAUAAAAUAAAAUAAAAUAAAAUAAAAUAGUGCAGGAGAGCUAAAUGUGGAUGCAUGGAGGUGUCGGGAGGUCAAGGAAGGUCAAAGAACCAGGAGAAGGCUUUGGUCUGAGGCCACCUGGGCAUGAGGCUCUGGGAGAGAAAGCUCUCUGUUCUCCCCUGCGGGUCACGGCCUAGUCAUUCUAGAACUAGCAAGAUCCCUCACACAGUGGGGAGAACACACGACUUUCUGAUUCACCCCGAGCCCACCUGUGUGUCUCAGUAACAAAAACAUUUGACUCGACCUGCAUAUUUGACAGCAGAAGUGGCCAAAGGGAACGGAAAUAUCUUGAGGAGGAGAAAUUCUCACCAAGAUAUGUCCUCUCCCUCCCCCAGAGUUUGGGGAUCUGUGCUUUGUCCCUGUCGUCCCCUUGACCUCCAAGCCAUCUCUUCGGCUAAAGCCUGUCGAGGAGCCAAGGCUGCUCCGGCCGCCGGCGGCAUCCCUGCCCGUGUGCUACUCGUGGCGUUGUAGCUUCAGAAAUACUGUGUGUACCUUGAGCAAGAGUUUCGUUUCUGUUUUGUUUUGCUUUUUGGUUUGUUUUGAUUAGUAGUCUAAGGGAAUUAAAACUUCUUUAUUUGCUGUUUCCUUUGUUGUAUUUUCUGUACUAUAACUGUCUAUAGUAUGUCUUUUGCAUAAAAUGCAUAAGGGUUUGGGGAUGUAAAUGGAAUUUUAUUCAUAUUUUGUCCAAAUACCUCUUGUAAUUUGUAUCAGAAUUCUUGUACAAUUUUUAUAUUAAAGAUUUAUCAGUCACUGA